AUGCCGGCAGAAGAACCCCUCUGGCGCAAGAUCCUCGAGAUCGCCCUCGGGCAAUGGUUCCUAUUCGGCAUCGGCAUCGUCAUCCUCAUAGCCUCCCAGGCGCCAGCGCCGACAAAAGACCAGGACCUAAUUGAAACCGUGAUUUCAUAUCUCUGCGUCACAAUCAUCUUCUUCAUCACGGGGUGUACAUUGUCGACGCGCGCGUUGAUCGAGAACUACAGUCGUUGGAAAGUCCACUUGUUCGUGCAGAUACAAUGCUUCCUCUUCACCUCGGCAUCGGUCUAUGCCGUCGUGUCGCUGUGCGCAACGAACCCUGCCUUCAUGGAUGAGGCUUUACUAAUCGGCCUGCUUCUCAUGGGAUGUGUGCCGACGACCAUCUCCUCCAACGUGGUCAUGACGCGCAAUGCGCACGGCAACGAUGCCCUGACGGUGGUCGAAUCCACCAUCGGCAAUUUCCUGGGGCCUUUCUUGACGCCCCUGCUCAUUCAGAUGUACUGUCUGCCGAAUCCAUGGUACACCGAUUUUCUUUCCUCGGAGCAGGGUAACUAUGCGGCGAUCUAUAAGCGUAUCUUUAAACAAAUUGGAUUAUCCGUCUUUGUGCCUAUGUUCAUCGGCCAAAUCCUCCAACACCUCUUCCCCAAAGCAGUCCGCAAGGUCUUCACCACCUGGAAACUCAGCAAACUAAGCUCCGUCUGCCUCCUGCUCGUCGUCUGGCAAGCCUACGACGCAGCCUUCAGCUCAGAGGUAUUCACCUCCGUCAAGUCCUCGAACAUCAUCUUCGUCGUCUUCAUCUCGAUCGCUAUGUUCCUCGUCUGGCUGACCGUCUCGGUCUCGGUGUCCGUCCUCUGGCUCUCGAGGGAAGACACCGUCGCAGUCGCGUACUGCGUCCCGGCCAAGACGCCCGCCAUGGGCGUCCCGUUGGCGAAUCUGAUCUUCACGGGUCUGGAUGUGUCGCAGAAGGCAAAGAUCCAGUUGCCCAUGGUUAUCUUUCAGGGGUUGCAGAUUGCGUUUGGGUCGCUUUUGGUGCCUGUUUUUCGGGGGUGGUUGGUCAGGAAGAUUUAUCCGGAUCGUGAGGGGGAGUGUGGUUCUUUGGAAGAGGAGGAGAGGUCGAGGGAAGCGGCUAAGAGUGAGUGUGAUGGCCAGGGGAAAUGA